AAGAAGGAGUAGAGGGUCUUCUGGCCGAUCAUCCCGGAGCCGAGGAGAGCGGACGCGCGCCGCCCGGAGAACCCGUGGUAUGCGCCAGCUGCGGCUGUCCGAAAUUGGCGCCAAACGGCCCGCGCAUGCUCCGACCCAGAUCUGUGCACUAAGAAGAUUCAAAAUAAAGGCUCCGAAUCCCACGGAGCUUUCAUUGCACUGGGGGAGACAGUCAACAAAAAUGAGGUGCAAUAAUGGAAACUGACAUUUAUUUGGAACACAGAAGCACUCCUCGCCCGUCCUGUCAUCUAAUCCUCACAGCGCUCCCACGGCGAAGGUUGUAGAGCCCCACUGUGCAGGUGAAGCUAUUCAAGCCCGGGGGCGGGGGAUGGGUGGGUAAGCGACAUGCAAGACCCACACAGCCCGAGUGGUGGAGACGAAUACAGAAGCCAUGGGGUCGUGCUCCCACCGGGUGGCCCACCUCCCUGUCCGGACGCCCAGGGAGAGGUGACACCGAACAACAGCUCCCAGACCACAGAGGAUCCUCGGCCACUAAGGAACGAGCAACUAGGCGGAAAACCCGCAGUGCCUGCAGUGCGCCCAGGAGACCAAAAGGUGGCGCUAGGGAGCCGCUCGCCACACUUUCGCCGAGGUGCCUACAUUUCCCGGCGGGCGCCGGAAUCCACCCGGAAGUGACGCUACGACCGCGGCGUUGUUUCUUUCCCGCCAGCCCCGCCCCCGGUGUUUGCAGGGCUCGGGGCUGCGCGGCUGGUGUAUGGGGAGUCGGAGAGAGCCCGCGCCCUUCCUCUCACCUCCAACGCUCGCUCGUUGUCACAGUUCUUAUUUUCUGUCAGAGUUCGGCGUGCGUGUGAACCCGUGUAACUGUUUUGAGUUCAGAUUCUGAAUCCUAGCCAUUCGAGGAUCACUAUACUUACCUAAGGGGAUACUGGCGUGGGAGGGCGGGUCAGUAGCGGGUGGGGGGCGGGGGGAAGGAGACCGGGAAUCUGCUUCUCUGGGUGACUUUCGACAAACCCCUUCCCUUGUCCGGGCGUGCCAGGGUGGGCUGUCUUGAGAAGGUCAUGUGCUUUGGGGUGGAAUGCAGGCAUUUGGGGUGUUGCAAGCCAUCCAGCCGAUUGUGAGGCAUAGCCAGGUGUGGGGGACCCAGGACGUCCUGAGGGACCGUUCCAGCUUCAACAUCCACUACUUCCUUUCUAGCACAUGGUGUUAAAAGUGGGAACUUGAAUAUACUGGGGAGAAGUUCUGUGGGACCGCUCGGCCACCAAGCUAAUUUUUGCAUCGAGGUCAGAGCCUGGGCAAUCUCUCUGCCUUGCUUCCGGCUCCCAGGUCUUCACUUUGUGGAGACAGAAUGGACAGGUUCCUGGUGAAGGGGGCUUUAGGGGGCCUUUUGGGAAAGAGGGAGCAGGAGGCGAGCGGAGAAGGUGCAGCAGGGCUGAGAGGAGACAAGGAGAGCAGCAGGAAAAGGCCCAGGACGGACACCCAGGGGAAUGCAGGCCACCUGGCCGGCCCCAGCUGGCGGCACAUCCGAGCGGAGGGCCUGAGCUGUGAUUACACAGUCCUGUUUGGCAAAGCGGAAGCAGACAAGAUUCUCCAGGAGCUGGAGCAGGAAGUGGAGUAUUUUACAGGUGCGCUGGCCAGGGUCCAGGUGUUUGGGAGGUGGCACAGUGUGCCCAGGAAGCAAGCGACCUAUGGCAACGAGGGGCUGACCUACACAUUCUCGGGCCUCACUCUGUCUCCAAAGCCCUGGAUCCCAGUUCUGGAGCAUGUCCGGGAUCGUGUCUCUGUGGUGACGGGAGAGACCUUCAACUUUGUGCUUGUCAACAGGUAUAAAGAUGGCUGUGACCACAUCGGAGAGCACCGAGAUGAUGAACGAGAACUGGCUCCCGGAAGCCCCAUAGCCUCCGUCUCCUUCGGGGCCUGCAGAGACUUCUUCUUCCGGCAUAAGGAUUCUCGGGGGAAGAAGCCCACCCGGAAGGUGGAGGUGGUCAGGCUUCAGCUGGCCCACGGAAGUUUGCUUAUGAUGAACCACCCGACCAACACUCACUGGUACCACAGUCUUCCCGUACGAAAGAAGAUUCUGGCUCCACGGGUCAAUCUGACAUUUCGCAAAAUUCUGCCCAAUAAAAAGUAAAAACUU